AUUCUCUGUUUACGAAUUCGCAAGAAGAAUUCGUAAAAGUUUUUAAGAGUAUCCGUACGAAUUCGAUACAGUUCGCAUCAAUUCGGUACGAAUUCGCAGAAUAAGGGUAAAACGCGAAUUGUUGCAUCAUUUUUAAGCUUAAAAGUUGCGAUUCGUCAAUUCGUCUUUAGACACUUUGUCCACACAUCUCGUCAAAGUGAGACAACUUCGUCAACUUAUCUAUUAACUUUUCUCCCUUUUAGGGGGUGGUAAAUCAUACCAUAUAGAUCGAUUUACAAAUGCUGCCGAUACUGUUGCUGAUAUAUUUGAAGAUCGACAAUUGCAACAAAUAUUUCGAAACCCAGCGGCUGAAACAGUUGACAAGACAUCAUCACCGUAUGCAUUUUUACAAUCGAUCAACCAUCAGGAACUUAGUUGGCAAUUGCAAAACCAAAAUACUGCUUUAGUAGCAGGCGAUGGUGAUAGUGUAUUGGCUCUACUGGAUUUUUAUGACACAACCAAACCGAGCGGAUUACAAGCUCAAAAUGUUCUUAUUGGAGGAUGGGAUGGGUUUAAGAAUACACACAAGAAUACACGAACAUAUUCAAUAACAGCCAAGAAUAAAUUUAUGACGAUUGUUGUUGGUUCAACAGGUGAAAAGUUUAACGAUCUUCUGGAAUAUUAUUCGAAAACAAACAAUACAUCUGGUCUUCGAGAACGUUUUACAAUUAUUGCAUAUCCAGGUUACCACGAUUAUCAACUAUGUUUAAAAUAUAUAAAAAAUGGUCGUUUACCGGCUCUCCAAUCCAUUGAUACAACAAUGCAUGUCGAACGUCAAUCAGAAUCACCACAACAAACAGCAAUAUAUGUCAGAUCAUAUCAAACAUGUUGGAGAAAAGCAUCAUCACUCGAACAAAUAUUUCUGGCAUUACGAUUACUUGGUGAACUACAUCAACAAAAUCCAACAUUAAAAGAACAAUCGUUGAAUAAAAAUUUCAUUCUGGAAAUGAAACAAAUCGUUGAUACACAAUUACAUGCAUUACCAAAUCCAAUAAAUAUAACGACCUCAACAGCUGACACAUUACAUGAUACCAAUAAUUUACCAAUAGCUACAAUACAUCCAACUGUUGAAUAUCAUCUCUUUCAACAAUCAUCAUUAUCGUUAAUAACUGUGUGUAAUUCACUUUGUAUAGACAAUCCAUUAUUAGUAUUUUUAACAGAUGAUAUUAAAUGUGAAAAUUAUAUGGCUAUAUGUGUCCUUUUUAUACAAUUACGUACUCAAUUAAUGCAAAAACUUAUUUUAAAUGAUGAAGAAAAUAGUAUAACCCGCAAAACUCUGGUGGAAUUAUUAGAACAGAAAUCAUUAGAAGAUGAACAAAAAGAGGCUGCAGAUCAAGAAGAUUAUACGAAAGACAAUGACAAUUUACUAAUUAUUAUAGAAUCUGACGAAUUACAGCAACAAUAA